GGACAGAUUAUCGCGUUGCACAUGCUAACAGCUGCUGCUAACACGUAAACAGACAGCGGUUUCGCCAUGGCAGAGACUCACAGCCUGCAGGACAUGAGGCAGCAGGCCGCCAUUGCCUCCAAAGUGUUCAUCCAGAGAGACUACUCCAGCGGGACCAUGUGCCAGUUCCAGACCAAGCUGCCCUCCGAGCUCGAGGCCCGGAUCGAUAAGCAGCAGUUUGAGGAGACGGUGAGGACACUGAAUAAUCUUUACGCUGAAGCAGAGAAGCUCGGGAGCCAGUCGUUUAUCGAGGGCUGUUUGGCCUGUCUCACCGCAUACACCGUGUUUCUGUGCAUGGAGACGCACUACGAAAAGGUUUUAAAGAAGAUCGCCAAGUACAUCCAGGAGCAGAAUGACAAAAUCUAUGCCCCACGCGGUCUCCUGCUCACCGACCCCAUCGAAAGAGGCCUCCGAGUUAUUGAAGUCACCAUUUUUGAAGACAGGAGCCUGACCAGAUAAAAGCUGCCAAAGUCACUGGAGUCCACCCGCGUUGAGUCCGACCAUCGAAGACCAGAGACCGCCACCUGCUGGGCAAUCUGCGUAUCUACAAUCUCCUCUCCGUAACUCUAACACUAUACUACCUUCUGCAUGACCCAUAGUAGUGACAUUAUACCCGUAGUCCAAGUCUUUGUUUUUACCAAUUUAAUCAUACGGAGGCAAAGACCAGAUCAGUAACUUUUAAUCGACUUCUUUUUAAGCAUUUACUUUGUUUUGCUAUGACAUUUUUUAGGUUCAAAGUUGAGAUUAUUUUUAUUAUUUAUUUUUAUUUUGCCAGUAUAAAGCCAAUAUGAUAAAGUUUUAUUGAUUUUGUUUGAGAUAUGUACCGACCAAUCAGACGUCGUGUUUGUUACGACCACCGGGCCUCAAGCACACAGACAAACGACUGCAGAGCAACAACACGGCACAAGAGCUGCAGAUGACCAGGACUAGACCAGGACCGAACCAGGACUGAACCAGGACUGAACCAGGACUAAACCAGGACUAAACCAGGACCGAACCAGGACUAAAUCAGGUCUAAACUAGGACUGAACCAGGACUAAACCAGGACUAAACCAGGACUGAACCAGGACUAAACCAGGUCUAUACUAGGACUGAACCAGGACUGAACCAGGACUAAACCAGGACUGAACCAGGACUAAACCAGGUCUAUACUAGACUGAACCAGGACUGAACCAGGACUAAACCAGGACUAAACCACAAAUAAGCUAAGAAUAACUGGAACUAAACCAUAAUUAAACCAGGAGUAAAGUAGGACUAAACCAGGACUAAACCAGGACUGAACCAGGACAAAACUAGAACUAAACCAGAACUAAACCAGGUCUAAACCAGGACUGAACUGGGACUAAACCAGGAGUGAACCAUAAAUAAACUAGGACUAAACCAGGACUAAAUCAGGACUAAACCAGGACUUAAACCAGGACUAAACCACAAAUAAAUUAGGACUAAACCAGGGCUAAAGCAUAAAUAAACCAGAACUAAACCAGGAUUAAAUCAGAACUAAACUCGAACUAAACCAGAACUUAAACCAGAACUUAAACCAGGACUUAAAUUAGAACUAAAACUAGGACGAAUACUAUCAGGACUAAACCAGGACAAAACCAGGACAAAACCAGGACAAAACCAGGACAAAACCAGGAAAAACCAGGACAAAACCAGGACUAAACCAGGACUAAACCAGGACUUAAACCAGGACUAAACCAGGACUUAAACCAGGACUAAACCAGGACUAAACCAGGACUAAACCAGGACUAAACCAGGACUUAAAGCACCUUGUUUCCCUCUCGUGCCUGUGGUGGUAAUCUUACGUGUGAUUGGUGAACACCUGGACACUCCUUUACACCAACAAACACACUCGAACCUCCUCCUUGAACCUCAUCCAUCAAACUCCACACUGGAAAUAACAUGAGUCUUACUUUUCUUCCACACUUACAUUACUUUGCCAUAGAACUUUAUAUAAAACACACUUAUUACGGUGUUUGGGGUGAAAAUGUCCGCCGUUUGGGAAAAUUGUACUCUACUGUGUGUUGAGAACAUUCCAGUUAGACCAGAACACAAAACAAAACCUGUGAACUACAAGAAAAAGAAUCGUUUAUGAAUCCAACUUGCUUUAAAACGUUCUGUGAUUUGUAAUGAUUAGCCAUAUUAGACUGAAAAUUAUAGUCCAGUAUUUUGACGGAUCUAUAUUUUAAACUAAUGUGAGCUUAAAUAGUGUUGGAUGUUUUUGAUUUGAUUUAUUUUUGGAGUGAAAAUGUUCAAUAUCUCAUUCAAAAAUCAUAGCAAUUCAUUGGACAGUAGGGUUUGCACUGUCACGAACUGAAACUUUGCAGCUGAUGCCGUCACCGUUCCCUGGGGUUUUGACGUUAACUGAAAGCACUGCUCUGUCUAAAGCUCUGUUACUCAAGUUAAACUUUAAUCUGAGUUUUAUUUUUACACAAUCUGACCUGAAAGAGCUUUUUUGGUCAGAAGUACAACAGCUGAGAUGAUUUAAACAAGUCUCUCAGAUGUAAAAUUAUUGUCAGAAACUCGCUGUCACUCUCAGCUUUUUCGUUGAAAAUCAUUCUUCUAGUUAGUUUUUUUUCUUGAGUUUUCAGACUAUAUUUUAACAUUUUUUGCAAUUUUUGUGUAUGCGUGCAUUGUGUCACCAUGGUAACUGUAAGCACACAGAGUCAAAACUGCAGACCAGCAACACUGCACAAGAGCUGCAGAUAACCUGGACUAAACCGGGACUAAACCAGGAGUAAACCAGGACUAAACCAGGUCUAAACCAGGUGUAAACCAGGACUUAACCAGGACAAAAUCACGACUAAACUGGGACUAACCCAGGACUAAACCAGGAGGUAAACCAGGACUAAAUCAGGACUAAACUGGGACUAAACUGGGACUAACCCAGGACUAAACCAGGAGGUAAAUCUGGACUAAACUGGGACUAAACCAGGACUAAAUCAGACUAAAUCAGGACUUGACCGGGACUUGACUGGGACUGGGACUUUAUCGGGACUUAAUCAGGACUUAGUCAGAACUUAAAUCAGGACUAUAACUAGGACUAAAUCACAAAUAAACUAGGACUAAACCAGGUCUAAACUAGGACUAAACCAGGACUGAACUAGGACCGAACCAGAACUAAACUAGAACUAAACUAGAACUAAACCAGGACUAAACUAGGACUAAACCAGGACUAAACCAGGACUAAACCAGGACUAAACCAGGUCUAAACCAGGUCUAAACCAGGUCUAAACCAGGUCUAAACCAGAACUAAUCCACAACAGCUGAGAUGAUUUAAAGUCUCUCAGAUGUAAAAUUCCUGUCAGAAACUCACAGUCACUCUCACUUUUUUUGUUGAAAAUCGUACUUCUAUUUUGUAUUUUUUCUUGAGUUUUCAGACUAUUUUUGCAGUUUUUGUGCACGUGUGCAUUGCGUCACCAUGGUAACUGUUGAACAUUCUGCCAAUAGAGAUCCAUUUCAAACACCCCCAGCGCGAUGUCACUGCAAAGUACCAAUAAGAGACUCAAGGAAGGCUCAUUCUGAUUGGAUAAUUGUCUGUUUGGACAAUUAUCCAAUCAGAAAACAGAAUGUAAACCUCUUGCCCUUCAUGUCCAAUGUUUUUGUGAUAACAGUUGUAAUGCUGAUUUCUUUUUUAUCAGUAAAAACUAUUCUCCUAGUUAUUUGAUUUGACCAGGCACAGAUAGGUCAGGUUUUUGAGAUUUUAAAUACAAAUCUUUCAUCUUAGAUCUUAACUUUAACCAAAACCCCAUUAAAAUCCAUAUACCGUCCUCUACUGCAUCUUAUUGUAGCGUUUGGGAUUGUGCCAUGACAUGUAGGGAUUUUUCAGUUUGCAUCAUGUUUAAUGGAGACGUUAAGAUGCUAAAUAAUAAACUUCACAUUCAUUAACAGGUAUUCUAUUGACAGUAAACUACAGUAAAUGUACAAUAUUAUGAGCUUCUCCAUGACCCGCCUCAAAAUCCAGGACUAUUUUUAAAGAACACAUAUUAUGCAUUAUUUGAGUAUUUGAGUACCUUUGCCUCUGCAUCUUAGGUUUUACAACAUGGCUGUCUUCUGACAACUUGUUUCUGUAGGAUUUCUAGAAAACUGGGAACUUGAGUUAGUCCACCAUCUACUGGCAGCAGCGAGAAUUGUAUCUGGUGUCUCGGGUCUUAGUCCUGCACCAGGUCGGGUACCUGUGGACUAAAGAGAGAGAGAACCCCGAGCACAAGCACGCGGAGCAGGUGUCCGCAAAGCACUUUCGGACGACGGCCGUACUUAACUCCCUACGGCACGGAGCUCUGCGCUGGUCCUUUCGCCUGCGGUUACCAGACGGUCUACGCGGCGCACCUUAGUCCUGGGUUAGUUCUGGGUUAGUCCUGGGUUAGUCCUGGGUUAGUCCUGGGUUAGUCCUGGGUUAGUCCUGGGUUAGUCCUGGGUUAGUCCUGGGUUAGUCCGGGGUUAGUCCGGGUUAGUCCGGGUUAGUCCAGGGUUAGUCCUGGGUUAUCACGGGCACGGGCGGUAAUGGGUGGAAUGUUUACGGGCCCGGGUGCAUCCUCCCGGUUGCCGUGGAGCUGUGUUCUCCAUCCCCGCUUUCCACCAGUCCCUCACAAGUUUCUCAUUCAAUCCAAACUUUCUUUCUGCUGCUCGAUUACUGUUUUCGGCUGCAGAUUUCACGACUUGCAGCAGGACAGUGGCUUUUUCUGCAGGAGACAUUAGCAGAAAACUGACACACGGGAGUAGAGCGCCCUCUUAUUGCCGUCAGUGUGAACAUUUAUAUAUAUAAUUCACUGUGGAGUAUAAGUCACAGGAAACACCAAAACCAUGAAAAAAAGUACCACUUAUAGUCCGAAAAAUACGGUUUGUUUUUGACGAGUAUAAAUAGUAUAAAAAGUAAAUUUAGCUUAAUAUGUGUUCUUUAAAAUCCCAAACCAGUGCUUGUUCCUUUCUGUGCUUGUCCUCUCCUCCUGUACUAGUAGUGGUAGUAGUAGUAUUAGUACUUGAGCUCCAGUGCGUCCACGCCUCCGUCUCGUCCACACUGUGUAGUAGUGGUGGUUCUGCCUUGGAGCGCAGUAUUCAAAGUGCUCUUGUUUUCAUAAUGGUGCCUGUUGUGGCUGUUGGAAUGUUUUAACUGUAAGAAUUCCAUUAAGGGUCACCUAUUCUGCCUGGAAGGACAAACAUUAUACUUACACCUUUAAACCUACUUGACAACGGUUUAAAAUGACUUCUCGUCUUUUUUUUUUUUAUGGUACCGUUGCCGUAGGAAGUUGCAUUGUGUAACCUUUUUGGUGGAGGCUCUGUCAAAUGCUUUUCUUCAUGGAGAUGUUAUUGCUUUGUCUGGAAUGCUUCACAAUAUGGCAUUAAACCUUUCUAUCUUCACAGAGACCAAACCAGACCAUGUUACAUGUCAGAUCUGUGGAGAGGCAACCCCAUUCACAGUCAGAAUGUCUGUUUUUCAAGGUAUAAAAGCUUUAAAACCACCUGCAAUUGAAUUACACCUGGUCUAAACAGAGUCUAAACCAGAACAAAAGCAGGACUAGACCAGAAUUAAACUGAGAGCAACCUGUGUCUAACCCAGAACCAAAGUAGGACUAAACCUGGUCUAAACUGGGACUAAACGAGGACUAGACCAGAACUACACCAGAACUAGACCAAAUCUAGACCAGAACUAGACUAGAACUAGACCCAAACUAGACCAGAACUAAACUAGGAAUAAACCGCAUCGAAACCAGAACUAAACUAGAAUGCGGUUUAAACGGGGACUAAACUGGGACUAAACCAGGACUAACCUUACAUUAAAACUAAACGACAGUAUAACAUAGAUCAGAAAAUAGUGUAAUACGGCCCUUUAAAAGCAAACCAGACCAAGUUACAGGUCAGAUCUGUGGAGAAGCGACCCCACUCACAGUCAGAAUGUCUGUUUUUCUAGGUAUGUUUGAGCUAUAAAACCACCUGGAAUUGAACUAAAGUAAGGCAGGGCUGUUUAAAGUCAUACUGUGGAACAUUUCAGGCAGAGCAAUGACAUCUCCAUAGAAAAACAAGCAGGUGACGGACCCCAACCAAAAAGUUACACAGUGCACCUUUUUAAAACUAAAUAUUGAAUUAUGAGUAAGAUGGAGUCCGUGGUGUUUUCGAACUUUUUUGCUUAUUGGCAGCUCUAACUACAUUUAUUUAGUUUUUUUCACUAAUCUAAUAAUCAUAAUUUACCAAGAGUUUAUUGUAAGGAUACAGAUCAUGUUAAAUAUAUUCAGUGAAUGUUAUUAGGUUCUUUUUACAGACCAAGAGUUUGUUUUCAUACCUGACAGUUUGGACUGCUCACUAGCGUCUUCCUCAGAGUGUUCACAUGAUGUCGCUGUGACGUGUCGGUCAGAUGAUUUAAACAGGUUUUGGUGCUGUCUUCCUAUCGUUGGAGGCAGGACGACAGCGCCACCUGCAGUCCCACUUCCUCAAGACAGUAUCCCAGGUGUGUGAGAGUAAAAAAGCCCCUCGUCCCCGUUUAUCGUCCUGUGGGCACGUUUCUGUAUUUCGACUGCCUUUUUAAUCCAACGACGAUGUUUGUUUUCCUCUGUCCCAAUGAUGUUUGCUCCAUCCCAGCACACGAACAAAGGAGCACAGAACAGAAUGCGAGAAGGAAACAGCGAAGGCGUGCACACGAGCAACAAAACACAAAGCAGAACAGAACAACUCAAAUCGACCAUCUCUGACCACUGCAAAAGAGAGAAGCACAUUCUGGACUGGGACGGAGCAAACAUAAACCGGGACUAUGAACCGGGACGAGGGUCGUUUUUACUCACACACCUGGGAUACUGUCCACCGGUAGAAAUCAGCAGAGCGACACGUCACAGCAACAUCACAUGACCACUCUGAAGAAGAGCGCUAGUGAGCAGUCGAAAAACAAACUCUUGGUCUGUAAAAAGAACCUAAUAACUAGUGAUGGACGAAUGGAGCCUCGUGAAGCAUUGACACCUCAGUCGCAAUAUUGUCUCAGAUAGUUCGACGUGUCUGACACCUUGGAGAAACACUGACCUCCAGAGGACAAAUUUAACAAUAAGACAGUACCUAACAAUAACAAUAAUAAUGAUGAUUUAAAACAAUAUGUAAAGAGCAACAUAAAUAACAUGAUGUAAAUAAGAAAAGAGGUGUUUCCUUGUUAGGUGGAAUUAGAUCAAAUUGAUCCCAAACCAUGGAUCACUUUUUUCCACUUGUAGAUGCCAUCGAAAAUUAAACAAAUGCCAAAAGUCGCCAAAAUCACCACUAACGUCACACAAUACUCCUCACUACCCAACAUUUUUAAGAAAUAUUGGUGCAUCUUUUAUACUGUAGCAGUUCAGCGCUUGUCAAACCACGGAAGUGCACUGAACACACUGAACCAAUCACAGAGCAGAACAUUUACUGAGCAAAUGAAACGCUUCGAUACACUGAAGCGAUCGACACGCAGAGUGAAGCAGUAGGGGGAGGGACCGACACUUCCACACUUUGGUCACGUGAGCGGCUGCUGCGAGACGAGCUCCGAGGCAGAGCUUCAGAGUGAUUUGUUUCAGAAAGAACGAGACGUGCUCCAGAGCUCCCACUCAUUUGCCCGUCACUAGUAAUAACAUAAAAUAUCAGAAGACCAAAUGAACCUCACUGGACUAUAUUCAGUGACAUAAGUUAAAGUUCUUACUGAUUCUCAGACAAUUAAACUCUUUGUAAUUAUAAUUCGACAGUAACCAGAGGACUUACUUUAACCUCAAGGUCCUUCUAUAAUGUAUCUGUACUGGGACAAGACCCAUUUUGCUCAAAUACCUGGAAAAAAUCUGGUUCGGGACCUUUAAAUCCUCGCAGAAUACGUGCCCCUUCAGGACCUGGUUUAUUGAUUUCUGUAUUUCUGACGUAUGUUGUCUACUUUAGCAUUGUGCUAAUGGUAAAACUGUAUAAACUACUUUGAAGAAUGUCACUGUUGUGUUCAUGUUUUAUUUCAAAACUGUAAAUAACUUUUUUUUUAUAAUAUAAUAAUUUCUGAUUGUGUCUCUAUAUUUAUCUCGAGUCUCCUAAUGUUUUUGUAAUCAGACUUAUGCUAAUGAAUAAACUGCUGUCUACGCCUACCCUG